AUCUGGGAGAGGUGGUGCUUUACAUAACCGGUCCCCGGUGCGUUCAACAACAUAUCAGCGCGGCGUGUGAAGCAACUCCAGAACGAGAGACCCGCGAAGACGUUCGCUCGGAUCAGUCUUUGUUUUGCUCUCCCCGGAUCAGGAUGGAACAGGGGCGACUACGGUACGCAGUUCGGAUGUCCAGCGUGGUGGCGCUGCUAGUGCUGGCUGCUGUCGUCCACGAAGGGGCCAGCAGUCCCACCAGUGAAGCCUUCGAGCGCAACCAUAUCGUGCCGGAUCUGGUUGCGACGGCUCCGGAGGGCCCGCUUACCGUCACGUACCCGUCCGGGGCGAAAGUGGUGCUCGGGAACGAGCUAACGCCGACCGAGGUGAAGGAUAAGCCGACGCUGCACUGGGACGCGAAGCAGGACGUGCUGUACACGGUGCUGAUGGCCGAUCCGGACGCUCCGUCACGCAGCAAUCCUGAGAUGCGCUCCUGGAAGCACUGGCUCGUGGGUAACGUGCCCGGAGCGCAGAUCGCCGACGGGACGGUGCUGGCCGACUACAUCGGAUCGGGACCACCGCAAGGCACCGGACUUCACCGGUACGUGUUUCUCGUCUACCAGCAGUCAUCGAAUGUGACCUUCGACGAAACAGCCCUAUCCAGCCGCAAUCCCAACCGUGGCCAGUGGUCGGUGGCGGAGUUUACCGAGAAGUACCAGCUGGGCGUGCCCGUUGCCGGAAACUUCUACCAAGCCCAGUACGACGAUUACGUGCCGGAACUUUACGCCAGCUUCACGGACUCGUGAACACGCGAUCGUCCUGCUCCUUCCUGCCACCCAGCCAGCCCAGCCGAAUCCGGACCCGAUCAUCUUCUUCACACACACGCACACCCACUCUUCUCUUAGUUUCCUCCCCACACUGACACCCCGCACACAACUUGCUUUCGGAUCCAUCCACCGCACAAAAUCACCGUGUUACAA